UUAGAAAGGACUCGCGAUCCCCCCCUGUUUCUUUUGAAGUGGGGGAUUUGUUCUCCGAUACCAGUCUCUUCUCUUUAAGCUUUGGCAGUUUGCAAGCUUCUUUUAUUCUUUCCACAGCCAUAUAAAAUCAAAUAGUAAAUUCUUUCCUAGGUCUAUUCUGUCGACUAACAUUGAAUUUUUUCGUCUUCGCGUAUCUCCUUAUAUUGGAGGAUCAUUUACUACUUUAUAGAUUUGAAUCUCAGUCGAGAUGAUAUUAGCUAAAUCAACUCUACAAAAAUUGUAGAUUGAUCGCGCAGAUUGAUUAGGCGGAAAUAUAACACUAUGGUACAAAAGCCUAUUUUCUUUGAACAAGUUAAGUCAUGCAUCCUAAGCUUUCAUAAUACUAAUGACAAGAGUGUCACGGACGAAACUCAUUUUUUACAAAGCUUAUGUGAGGCUAUAGAAUCUGUCCUACGCAUGGGACUAAAGUGUAGUCAUCGCCUAAUAAAGCGAAAGGAUUAUUGGAACUGGAUGAAAAACAUUCCACGCAUUUGCGAAAAAUGGGAAAUAUUUGUCCACCCAAGUUACUUGCAGGCAAUCAAUCACGUAAGUGGUAUUCAGUUAGCAAUUGCUAACUGAUGGAUUAAUUCAUUGAUUGCUAAUGUGUGUUAUAACAUACCGUUAUAACGGUUACAAUCGUUAAUAUGGGCACAUAUAUGUUCGUAUACAGUGGUGUUUACACAUAUGCGUAAUACUCACUUCAAAAAAUUCGGAUGUAAUAUAUAGAUAAGCAGUAAUAGCAGCCAGGUUGUUGACGAUCCUAAGUGGUUUCAUAAGCGAUUGGAUAACUGUAUUACAUGCGUUAGUUUUUGCACAGUAUGCUCUUAACAUAUAUUUGAUGUGGCACUUUCUUUCUAUAUCUCCAUACAAGUAGACAACCUUACUUUCGAUUUCAUGUAUCACACUUAAGACUGACAGGAAUCAGACAAUAAUUAUUCAAUUGCUCAUCUAAAUAUGCUGUUUAAACAGCACUAAACACGUAUAUUUUUACGUUUUUAAGGAAAACUAUAUCGAGGAGAAAACUACCAAAAUCUUUCAGAGUGGUUUGGUAAAGAGCAUACAUUCACCAGAGUCGCCUCGUUUUCCUCCAGUUUCAAGGGUCUUAUGCACGAAAGAAGCUUAUUUUUAUACUUAUUCUAAACAUCAGGGGAAAACAUUCUUCAGUCUUGUUUUGUCAUCCUAGUCUGUUAGGUGGCUCUGUGUAUAGUUCAUUUCACUCUACAACUGAAUAAUGGGAAAUAAACCCAAUCCACCAACUGAAUUUAUGGGGUUCAUAUUUGUUUGGGAACAGGUUCACAAAUGCCGUAGUGUCACCACUGCUCAAGGACGUGGGCGUCUCCUUAUUCGUAUGUUAUUGAGUUCCGGAACUUUGGAUUUCCCAUUUAAGUUACUGCUAAAUAACAUGCAUUUAUCAGCUGCAUUCUAUGAGGAGUCCGAGUCAGUUAUGGGGAACGAUAUUCUUAUUCAAAUAUUUUGUUCUCUUGUCAGUGAGGUUUGUCGGAUUCCUUUUAAUUUGAAUGUGGAUAAUACGGAAUUCCUUGAUGAAACAUGGUGUCUUCCAACAUUUAAGACGUUUACAUUCGUUCCAUGCAAAAUGCUUGGUGCUCGUGUCGAAACGGUAGAUGGCCAUUAUUUAGUUACAGAAGUAGAUCCUACUGGAGUUGUUGCAGAAGAUCAUCAGAUAACUGUUGGUGAUAUUCUAUCUACCAUGUAUGGUUGUAUAUUACACAAUUCUGGACUCUUUUUAAAUAAUCUUCGAUCUCUUUAUGAUGGCCAACCCAUUCCAGUUGGUGUUACGAAAGCUCUAAUGCCUGACGGGCGUAUAUAUCCCCGUUUAAGAUCUCUUUUGGAACAAUAUGGUUAUGUCAAUUUGAUUACAGACCUCGAAAGAUCAGGACCAGUUCAUAUUAUUGACAAUUCGAAGUUCCUCAAUCAGGAACCUUGGUAUCAUUUUCGAUAUAUUGGACAAUGUGAAGUGGGUUCAAGUGGUGGAGUUAAUUUGAUAAAUCAAUCUAUUGUUUCUGUUCUAAGUAAUUUAAAAAAUUCAGAUGAGCAAUGUCCUGUGCAAAUUGAAUUGGGUGAAUUGGGUGUGAUUGUAUGGCAGUUACAGCGGAAAGAUAAUAAAGUUUGUCGUAGUGAAGAACCUCUUCUACGUCAUUCCUAUCCACAAAUAUCUUCAUGCGGUCGAAGAACCGAUGGGACCAAUUAUUUUGCAUAUAUAGCCGGUGAGGAAUCAUGCACUACAGCUAGUCAUUUUACAUGUUAUGUAUUUGAAUCAAUGGAUAAAGAAGAAGCUAGAAGAAUUAUAUCCGGUUUAUCAAUGGGCUUUGAUAGAACACAUUGGACUUUAUAAUUAUUAAAGACAACAUAAUGUAAGAGCAUUUUUAAAUAAUGGAUCUAUUUUAUAGCGAAAAUUCAUUCAAUACUUGUGAUCACUUUUCUUAUAAACAUUCAAAACAAUGUGGCAUAAUUUUCAUAUUCUGGUUUAAUUGAUUUCAUUUUAGGUGAUCUGUUUCAUUCCUGUUAAUUAUGUGAUAAGUUUUUGUUUAGUUUGUUUGUUUUUCUAUCUCGAAAAUUUACUUCAUUUAACUCUGUUUUACAUUCAAGUAAAUAUUAAUGGAUAUAUUAGAAGAUUAUUAAGUGAUAUCUUUAACUUUUUUUUCCCAUUCUCCUACUUAUUUCCCAUGUAUUUUCGAAAUAAACUACAAAUGCUCAUUCGAUUUAUAUUUAUAAGUUUUUAUUUGUCUCUUUGUUCAUAGUGAAUUAUUUUUUGCUAUGUAUGUUUGUCUUUAUGUGUGGUUUUGUUUGUUAAAUAAAUUACCAUCGGCUAUAUUGAUUUUAUGCCGUGGAACAUGUAUUGUUCAUUGUAUUGUCAAGUUAUCUGUGCAUUUUGUAAUAUACACUUUUUUGAGUUAUAUAUAUGUGUACCCAUGGUGGUAGUAUUGUUGUGUUUUCAUGUCUGUUUGUUGUCCUUGAAAUCACCUUUGACCUGAAUAUUGAACUUAAUUUCUUUAUGGGGAAGUUCAAUAGUUACCCAAUACGUAAAUUCUUAUCUAGAUUUUAUUUGAAACAAAAUUAAAGUUUUGUUUUAAUAUAGUUGGAAAUGCUUAAGUACAUAUCGAUUUUCAGUAUGGUGACCGUGGAGGUUGUUGAAUUUUAUUGAGCACAUGAACUACUUCAAGUUAGACAACUAUUCUAAAAGUGAAAGCACUGGUAAACUGUUUCGUUCUAGCAUGGGACUCUCCAGCAGUGCGCA